AUUUAUUCACUCUGUUUGAAUCUUUAUAUCUGUUUCAAUCAUGUUCUCAAAAUUGAAGUCAUUGUCUUUUUUUCUUUAAUUAAAAUCUAUAUAAAGCAGAACAAUGAUUCUUAGUUUUAUAUUACUAUGUCUUGGAACUACUCUCUCAACAUCUGCUGGUAGAGACAAAAGUGUGAAGAUUGUAUUUAAACCUCUUUGAGCAGUCCCAAAUCCAUUUUAAAAACAUGAUCAGUUUCAACGUCGAUAUCUAUGCUUAAUCUUCUUUGGUUGGUGAUGAGAAUGAGGCAGCGGAUUCCGUAGUCGUUGGUGCAAACGCUUACAGACAAAUGCAUUUGCUUCACAUAGAAAGCUUCAGCUAACCAUUGCAUAUUCUCAGUUUUGAAGGUAUCUACCCUUCUUUAAAAUGGAGGGGAAUUGAAUGGUUGAUUAAGUGAAACAAACACAGCCUGACAUGGCUAGCAGUUUGACAUGGGUUUUUGGUGUGGUUCUAUGUUUGGGAUUGGCAAUCAGAUGUGGUUUUGCCGCAAGGAAUGGGCCGUCGUCGAACGAUAGCCUGAAAGAUGUGGGUGCAUUGGCCCCAGGUCCUAAUGGCACAUGCUCAUCCAUGGUGGAGAGAUAUGGCUAUGAAUGUCAAGAACAUACUGUUACAAUGAAAGACGGUUACAUUCUCAGCAUGCAAAGAAUCCCAAAGGGCUGUUCUGAGACAACAGGAAGCCGGCCGCCGGUCCUGUUACAACAUGGGGUCUUGAUGGAUGGGAUAACAUGGCUUCUCAAUUCCCCGGACCAAUCCUUAUCGUUCAUCCUAGCAGAUAGUGGGUUCGAUGUGUGGAUCGCCAAUAGUCGUGGGACCAAAUGGAGUAGAGGUCAUACAUCGCUCGGUCCAAAUGAUCCGGCCUAUUGGGAUUGGACAUGGGAUGAAAUGGCCGCAUACGAUCUUCCCGCUUUCGUCACGUAUGUUAAUGACCAGACGGGCCAGAAACUGAACUAUGUUGGACACUCCUUGGGAACUUUGCUUGCUUUGGCAUCCUUCUCCCAGAAGAAGUUGUUGAACAUGAUCCAAUCAACAGCCUUGCUGAGCCCAAUUGCUUACGUGGGUCAGAUGACAUCUCCUGUCACAGUGUCUGCCGCUAAGAACUUUGUUGCAGAGACAUUACACAAGACGGGUAUGGUUGAAUUCGAUUUAAAAGGGAAUGGUAUAGGCGAAUAUCUCAAAGUUUAUUGCAAGAAAAAGGGCGUCAAUUGCUACGACUUGAUGACAGGUUUUACAGGUCCGAACUGCUGCCUCAACUCUUCCACCGCUGAACUUUUCCUCGACCACCAGCCUCAGCCGACGGCGACAAAGAACCUUAUCCACAUUUCUCAGAUGAUUCGAGACGGCACAAUAGCAAUGUACGAUUACGGUGACAAUGAUAAUAACACGAAACGCUAUGGACAGCCAAAGCCUCCUGUCUAUGACAUGACCAACAUCCCGCACAACAUCCCUCUCUUCCUCAGCUAUGGAGGGAAAGAUGCACUCUCUGACGUCAAAGACGUCGAGCUCUUACUGGAAAUCCUCAAAUCUCACAACAGUGACAAGCUCACGGUUCAGUAUCGGGAUGACUACGCUCAUGCAGAUUUUGUUAUGGGUGUAAAUGCUAAUCAAGUCGUUUAUGAGCCCAUGAUUGCCUUCUUCAAGCUCCAAUUGUCAAAGUAAUUAUCGUCUUCCAUCUGUAAUUGUUAUAUGAGCUGCCAUUUCAAUAUACACACCGGGUUUCAAGUUUGGCAAUACAACAGUACAAACAAGAAUUAUUGUAUGCAGGAAACUAGAUAAGAAGGUGUAUUUAUGGGAAGGGAAAGGGUGCAAAUAUCAGUCCCUGUAUUAUUAGCAUGGUUGUUUGUAUUCAUUACUUGCCAACAGCUACUAUCAAAGUUGCAAUCCAAUACCUAAAUGUAUUGUUUUCUUAGGAAAGCUACUUCUCUAAUAACUAGUUCUAAAAAAUAGUCA